ACGUUAUACAAAUCAACGUUCUUCGCGACAAUUUUUGCCGAACGGCGCUGACGAUCAAUUCACUCAACCGUUUUUCCAUUCUCUCGCCCGUUUUGUUCCGAUCGUCCGUCUCUUUCCUCGUCGGAAUAAUAAUCGGAAAUUGAAUCUAAAACACGAUCUCGAGAUACGCGACCGAUCAUGGUGGUGGGUUGCGCGAAUUCGCGUGCGAGAAUCUCUCGCAAGCUGCCAAGUGGCAAGGAAACGAAUGAUCUCGCCGUUAAUUCGGAUGAACGUGCGCGUUCUCGUCCGAAAAAUUGAAACUGAAAAACAAAUUUUCUCGGAAAGACACACACGCACGAUCGGAACUCUAACCAAGAUCCGAUCGCGCGAAGUUAAUCGACGUAAGCGCCGCGACAAACUUUUGCGCUGAUCGCGUGAAUCUUAACGGAUUGUGCUCGAUCGUGCGACUGUUCGAAUUCUGCCGAGAGAACGCUUUUAUUGUUGUUUCCAGCCGCUUGAAAUCCGAUGAAGAAGACCGCCGCUUUUCUCAUUUACGACUUGUCGUAUUUCUUCCUUUGCGCGACGGAAGGAUGACGAACCUCCGGGAGAUGAAUUGCUCGAAGUUGUCAGUCAAUGUCCCAAAAUCGGGAGGAUCCAUGUUUCUCUUGUUGCACUUUCCAUCUACACCUCGUUUUCCUUUUGUUCCCGUCCGUGAUGAGAACGUUUAUUUUUCAUUUUCACUAUAUUUAUCGCUUGUUUAAACGUUUUUAUUGUGUUUUAUUUCACGUGCGAGAUAUGAGUUAGGAUAAAAUGUAAUAACCGUUGCGAGCACAAACUGCGUCUCAAUUUCACAGCUCGGCACCCCACGCUCGAGGUAACAUGCGGCACGAUCGAAGCUGUCAGAAAAAGAAGAAAAGAAGACGAAGAGAAUGCAAAACUAAGCGCGUGGAUUUCACAUAUGUCGCAUGCACGUGCAGUUAUGGAUUUUCUUUUCGUUCUUGCAGCACGUCGUAUUAUAUACACACAUAUAAAUACAUGUAUACGUAUAUAAAUACAUAUUUAAGAUCGAUAUGCAAUUCCUGCCAAGCUGAAAUUUAUGGCAACACACAUGUCCCAAUUUCUCUCAACAAAAAGGUGUUGGUCAAAGUUCUGCAAGCCGCCAGAAGCGGAAAUGAGACGGAGUUCAGCCGACUGCUGCAGGAGCUGAGGAAGAAUCGCAAGAGGAAGACGAGAAAGUCGAAAGAUUCCAAGCUCGGAAUGACGUCGACACCGUUGCACAGUCCCGAUUACAUUAUGACCGACGACGACUAUUACUGCCAACAACAGCAAUCGCAGUCGCAACAACAACAACCGCCCUAUCAAUGGGUAGGUUACCGGAAAUAUUUUAAUCGCAACUUGAAUCGUGAAGGGAGAGCGCCAACACCCAUGCAGCGAAGAACGUUUCCAACGUUACAAUGCUUACCGUUUUUUCAGAUCGGCGCCGAGGAAGAGAUCGCGAGCAAGGACGACGAUGCCAGAUUUCCGCAGUACGAGGAGUUCAAGCAGUUUUUGCUCAAGAGAUUCCAGCGCGAGUUUCAAUCGUGCGACAGUAACAACAAUCAGAUGCAGGAUAUGGGCAUUAUGGACCUGCGGACCACACCGAUGGCGCCUAAUUUGCAAACGAUGCCUUUCAACGAACCGAGCUAUCAUAGAGCAAAUGCGAUCGAUGACGUGGAUCCUCUGGCGAUUGCAUCGACCGACAGAUCGAGUUACCAUAUGUCCGAGGGAAGUUCGCAGGGAUCGUUUCUGUUGAAGAGAAUGCUCCAAGCACCGGUGGGCGCCAACCUGGGCGAAAUUGCUAGCUCGCUCUUUUGGGCCAGCAAUCUGUUGGAUAAUUCCGACACUCUGACUGCCGAAUCGGACAGCAAUGUGAACGAAGAUCGAGAGUUGGAUGAGGACCUGGCGUUGGAGGAGCAAUUGACGGAAGCUAAUGCGACCGAGUACUACUUGGUGAAGAACACGAAGGACGAGUACUUGAUGAGUGACACGAAUCUAAUGUCUCAGCAAGUUCCCAACGUAUUAGCUAGCGACGAUCAAUACAGGUUUUCAGCCAAUGUAAACAAUCGACAACAGAAUUCACAUCAAAACUGGACGGUUACCAACGUUAUGGAGAUGCCUAACAGCGAAACGCAAACUUCCAGGAUGUUUCACACGAUUUACCACAACAACACGGACACUGUUACAACAACCGUGAACGGUAAUCUGCCUUAUCAGUAUCAAACCGAUACCGUUUACAACGGCAGCCAAAACUUUUUCAACUACGGUACGCACGACACCGGUUACAUGACUGGCGGUGACAUGAUGGCCACAAAUGAUUCCAGCGACGCGUAUUACUUGCAAAAUUACGGAGGAAUAGGAGCGAGUUAUUACUGCAAUGUUGAUACUUACGGACAGAACAACGCGCAGCAAGACGUCUAUGUAAACGACUCGCAAUAUCUUUAUCCUCGAUUUAAUCAAGAAACAAACAAUCCGCUCAGUGAUCAGCUGAACUAUUCUCUAAACAAUCCGUUGAACGAAAGACUGGAGCAGCAACAAAAUAAUGUUGUCGUGGGGAUAGAAAAUGACGUUAGUCAAGAAACUAAUGCAGGAGAUUUGUACAGGCAAGCAAAUGAAACAAUGGAGCCAUUUUGGCCGAAGUGGACCACUCAGACCAGCAACAAUUUGGAGAAUAUCCUCAACUAUCAAAGUGUCAGACAGCAGCCUAAUUAUUAUUCAAAGCUAAAUCAAACGUCCUGCGUGUAUUGCUACGUGGCACCUAUCGUUACGCAGCGAUCUGCUAACGUGGCGAACGGUUGCUCGAUGAAACAGAGAUACAUCGCCGAGCAGCGACAGCACUCCUUCUCGUCGUAUUGGAUGCUUUACGAUGACACGUCGCAAGGUAUGCGAAUGAUGAACACGUCUGAUUAUCUCCUCGAUCAGUCCACAACGAUGAUGACGCGUUCAACGACCGGUAACAACAAUCCAAAAGAGACGACCAACGACAAUCCCCGGGUUCCGAUCAAUGACGUGUGGAUAAAUCAAUAUAACGAGCCAACGUCAGGCGAUGAUAUGAAUGUUCAAGCGUCGGAUUUGCUGUUCCGCAACGUCACUGCCGAUUGAAUCAACAAUAUUCCGAAUACGACGGAUGUCGCAAAAACUUAAUAUAAUACUCGGAUAUUUAUGACAAUAAAUAAUCAUAAUAAACGGAUCUCUAGCUUUUGUGAAGAAAAAUGAAAAUGAUGAAAAAGACAAAAGAUUUGUUUCUUCGAAAAUAUGUGAUCACUUCACGUUUUUGAGUCGCGGAAAGAUUUCCAGGAUCAUUUCAACUGAGAACUGACAAGCGAGUUAAUAACGAUAUCCAAACAAUUGAUUCGUGAAAUUGUCGCUGGUGUCAGUUCCAACAACGCACUUUCUUGUUUUUUCACAACAUCGGCGAACGAAACGCGCAAUUAUCUCACCGGAACUGGAACGAGAACAAUUUUCAAAGAGAAAAUCAAUAGUGUGUGAGUAGAAAUUGAAUCGAUCGAUAUUCUAUUUCAGAAAAAUAGAUGUAUCUAACUUUAAACGCACGACACUUUUAUCCAAAGUCGCGAUCUUUUGCUUCGAAACGCACAAACUGUGUUGCAAUAUUUUUGAGGUAGAAAGACAAAUGUGUUUUGUAUACGUGACGAGAAAAGAUAUAAAAGAAUAUAUUAACAUAUCUAUGUUCACUAUAAAGUGAUCAAACUAUUGUUUCCGCGAUGUUUCAAGAAAGAAAAAGUUUACGUUUUUUUUAUAUGUAAAAAAAGAAAAAGAAUCAUUAUAGAACUUAAUUUAAAUAAUUAACUUUAUUAUUAUAAUAUAGAAUUUAUGAUUAAUAUCACACGUCCUGUGUGUAUA